AUGUUCUCUUCUUCAGGGAGCGGGAAGAAACCCUCGCAACAGCAGCAGGAAAUGGUCCAAGUCGACCGCUCAGAUUCUGCAUCGCCGUUUUGGAAGCCGCCCCCACGCGAGAACGCAUCGAAGAGAACCGGUCGCGACCCAAACCUGGUUGUCGGAGCAGCCUACUCUCAUGCCGAUAUCCUCAAGUUUGAUUCACUCAACCUAUCCAGUUCCUCCUCCAGACCGAAAACACCUCCUUCCUCACACUCCGCUAAGGGCCGGCCUAGCGAUGCCUCUCCCCCUUCGCGCCCACAGUCGGGCUUGUCGUCUCCUCCGAUUAAAAGUUACAUCAAUUUCCUUUCCAACACCAACGAUGACUGGAAAGCCGACGAGGACGAGGAAGACAUGAUGGGGUACGAGGAUGAUGACGGCGAUGACUUUGGCUUGCCAAGCCUGUCCAACAUGAAGCGACGAACGCGCAAGAAAGCUGCGCAAAACAGGUCAGACCCAAACGGCGGUCUAUCACCUUUGAACGACUCGUUCGGUUUAGGGUUACACACAAGAAGAUACUCGAAUAGUGCAGACAUCGCCAUUGAAAGGCCUGCGCCAACCUAUCCCAUGCCGAAAAAGAGCGAAGGGAAGAUAUUGCGGCCACAAUAUAAAGAAAUUUUGAGGGACCCGGCGAACGCAUUGCACCUAAUUGACCAUCCAGUUAUACCCGACGACGCAACGCCAAAAGAGAUUGACGCUGCAAAUUCACGAAUUACUCGUAUCAACAAGUUCAAGAAGCUCUUGCAGGCGUCGACGAUACCGCUGCAGGACCUUCGGCAACUAGCUUGGUCCGGUAUCCCCCAGGAGGUUCGUGCUAUGACAUGGCAACUCCUACUAAGUUACCUACCGACGAACAGCGAGAGGAGAGUCGCGACUCUAGAGAGGAAACGAAAGGAGUAUCUCGAUGGCGUUCGGCAGGCCUUUGACCGCGGUAGCAGUGGGGGAAGCGGCACUACCACCACGGCACCCGGGAAAGCGAGAGGACUAGAUGAGGCAAUCUGGCACCAGAUCAGUAUCGACGUUCCAAGAACGAACCCUCACAUCGAACUUUACUCGUACGAAGCGACUCAAAGAUCUCUGGAACGAAUACUCUACCUCUGGGCAGUGCGGCACCCCGCCAGCGGCUACGUCCAGGGCAUCAAUGACUUGGUAACGCCUUUUUGGCAGGUGUUUUUGAGCACAUAUGUCGCAGACGCCGAUAUUGAAUCGGGCAUGGACCCUGGUCAACUGCCAAAAUCGGUUCUCGACGCUGUAGAAGCAGAUUCGUUCUGGUGUUUGACAAAGCUACUUGACGGUAUACAAGACCACUACAUUGUGGCUCAGCCAGGUAUCCAGAGGCAGGUUGCCGCCCUCCGCGAUCUCACUGCAAGGAUUGAUGCAGGGCUGGCGAAGCACCUUGAAAAGGAGCACGUCGAGUUCAUACAAUUCAGUUUCCGAUGGAUGAACUGUCUCUUAAUGAGAGAGAUAAGUGUGAGGAAUACGAUAAGGAUGUGGGACACGUACUUGGCCGAAGAACAAGGCUUUUCGGAGUUUCACUUAUACGUGUGCGCGGCUUUCUUGGUCAAGUGGUCGGAUAAGCUCGUCAAGAUGGAUUUCCAGGAAAUAAUGAUGUUUUUGCAAAGCUUGCCAACAAAGUCUUGGACGGAGAAGGACAUUGAGCUGUUACUGAGCGAGGCUUUCAUCUGGCAGAGCCUGUUCAAGGGCUCCUCGGCACACUUGAGAGGACAGCCGAGUCGCACGCCUUCGGCAAACAUGCAGCUGUAG